AUUGUAAUACGAGGCUGGCUUGAAGGAGUUUGCGUAUAUUCGUAUCGCACUCUCUUUGUAGACACGAUCAUAUAGUCAGAAAAUGUCCAGUACUCUCAUCAAUCCAAACCCCACAGUUUAUGAGGUGCAGAAAAUUCAGAGACAAGAACUCGACUUCGAACAAGACGAGAGUCAUGCAGACGAGUUCGACAGCCUAGAAAUAUUUGAAAGACCUUGUGAGAAACAUCAAUGAUCCCGAGCAUCCUCUCACCUUAGAGCAGUUGAAUGUGAUGAAACUAGAAAACAUUACUAUAGACAACAUUAAUUCUCAUAUUAAAAUUUACUUUACUCCUACUGUUUCUCACUGUUCUAUGGCAACACUCAUUGGUUUAUGUAUCCGCGUCAAGCUGAUUAGAUCUUUACCGAGUCGCUUCAAGGUUGACAUAUUUGUCACUCCCGGCACCCAUAUCUCAGAAGCCGUCAUCAAUAAACAACUCAACGACAAAGAACGUGUAGCUGCUGCAUUAGAAAACGUAUCGCUAUUAUCUAUUGUUAACAACUGCGUUGCCGAGUCUGACUGAUAAACAUAUACGCUUUGACAACUCUAUACCCAUCAAAUAGAGAAUAAUCCCCGUUUUAUUAUGACUUUUGUUUCAAGUAAUUUUUAUUGUGCGACAUGUUCCAUCUAAGCUCUACAUUUCAUAGACUUUCCCAAAUCGAACGCGAGCUUUUUCAGAAUACGUCGGAUCCGUCAACCACCUCGAACCAUGAACCAGAGACCGACUUUGAACUAAGAAAAACUGCGUACCAGCCAAACGGUGUUGCUUCAUUUCUCGCGUCAAGCCUCGUCUCCCUCAAGCUCGAGCGGAUCGAGGAGACACCGUAUCUAGAUGAUCUUUUAUUUACUUUAUCUGUUUGGGGAAGAAUUUAUGAUGAAAUAUAUGUACAAAUUGAGAAUGGUGAUCGAAAGUCAGCGCAAUUUGACAGUCUCCUUCAAAUAGGGCUCGUUUUGUUUGUGUCUCACUACUCGAAUCUAUGUAGUUUGGUGGGCAGCGUGAAUAACGGCUGUUUGUUGGUCAAGCACUGUGUUGAAAAAACGCUGAGUUCUAUGUUAAGAUGCUUUUUAGAGAGCGCACAGGGCGAUGACGAUCUAUUUUUUUUGAUUGCAUUGACUCGAAAAAAAGUUUUGGUGCACCUGUUAGAAAUGCCCUUUGCGUUUCGUUCCACAGCUGAUGCAGCUGACUCCAACGCACCAGUUAAUCUCUACGCAUGGUCAAUCAUCAGGUCCACUCUAAGGUCUUGGAGAAGGUGUAGUAGAACGAUUAUACGGGCAGGACCGACAUGUGAUUUUUUACAUCUUUCAUAUUUCAAAAUUGUCUUUUUUUUUUUGACAAGACGCUUGGAUGCCUCACUUGUCUUGGACGUUCCUUUCAACAAGGAUCAUUUUUGUCUUUUAAUAGAACUUUGCUUGGAAAUAUUAAAGACGCUGUACCAUUUUCAAAACAAUGAUCGUUUUUCAGCAAUACCGACGAUUGAAACCUUGCAUAGAGAUCUAGAAAAUAAAAUUGCUUCUACGAUUUUGGAUGAUGUGUACAGUAAUGAUCUUCGCUCAGAAUAUGACUAUCUAGAUAAACCGUCUCUAUCGGCAUUUUAUUCAUUUGUUCACUCGGUCAUACGCGCUUGCACAUGUCACCUGGAGCAGUGGGAUAGAUCUAUGGCCUUGAAAAUUCUUUCGAUGCUGAUUUUUGAAUUGUCGCACCCGUAUGGAGGGAGGGAAACGUACGAUAGCAUUAUUUCCAGCGCGCUUCGAGUCAACCUGGAGAUGGUUCGGCAUGUGUUCCCUGUGGGUGAAGAGGUUAUCAAAAAUGAAGGACCGGAAUUGUUGGAAUCCCUUCCACAAGAGAGGUGCUUUGCUCGUGAUCCCGUCAACUCGUGUUUAACUGAAGGUUCGGUUCAGCGUUUUUUUGUUUUCCAGUUGGUGAAGUUUGUUGAAUUCACAUUACUUGCGUUGGUGGAGUCUUCUGAUUUUCCUGCAUGCCCUUGGGUGGAUUCGUUUUGUCAAUUUUUAGAUAGCGCGUCUAUUUAUAAAGAUCUGUUCAGUACAACGAGACCUUGGCAGUGGUUCGUUUCAUUCAUGUCAGAGCAGGAUGAUAUUUUGAUUCAAUCAUUGCACUCGCUGAAAACCACCAUUUCCCUGAUGAAAAACCACCGUCGAACUAGUCCGCGGGUUGCCCUCCUAUUGACCCAUUUGAAUUUGAAAGAAGAGGUUUUAGAGUCAUGGCUAAAUUAUCACUUACUUUUUUUCUGUUUUCUCGAAAAUAUUUCAUUUGAUCACGAUUUGAUGAUUGAUUUCCUCGUCUCUGGAGAGACGGAGUUUUUGGUGGUACUGCUGGAGUAUUUGAAGAUGGUGGUCACUGGCUGGCCAGAAUGUUUUUACUCUCUUGUGAAAUUUACUCGAUCGACGCCAAGCCUUGUUGAGAAAGAUGGGAACUGGCCGGAGGACGUGAGCUCAACGCAUUCUUGCAACAUUGAGGAUGAUUCAAAUGACGAUUCAUGCAACGAUGACUGGGUGUUAAAUAAAUGCGAAUUGGUGGAGAAGAAGCUGGAGGGUAAUGAAGAACAGAGGGGUUUUGACAACGCCUUUGAUUGCUUAAUGAGUUCGUUGGUAAGGCUAUCUUUUCACCUGAGAAAGUUAGAGCGCUUGUUUCAGUUUUCAAUAUCACAUCUAUUGAAUAGAUUGGAACAGGUUGGACAUUUAUAUGAAACAUCAGGAGAUAUGAGCAAAGAUGCCAAUGAUCGGAUUUAA